CUUCUUCACGUCCAACAUCACUAUCUUUACUCACUCACAUCCCCCGUUGGUGUGGUCCUUCUUACCUCUUUAUAUCUCUCUUAUAACUUUCUUCAUUCUUCAUAUCUUAUAUCUGACACUACUCUACUUCUACUUCUACUCUCCUCCUCCUCCACCUCCUCCUCCUUCUACCUUGUGCAUUAUUUGUGGUGGAGUUGGCCUUUCUCCCAACAUGUCGAGCAGGAGGUCGAGGCAGUCGAGUGCAAGCGUUUCGAGGAUUUCCGAUGAUCAGAUCAUCGAGCUCGUCUCGAAGUUACGUCAGUUCCUUCCUGAGAUUCGCGAUAGGAGUUCCGAUAAGGUAUCGGCGUCCAAGGUUUUACAAGAGACAUGCAAUUACAUCAGAAGCUUGCACAGGGAGGUGGGCGACCUAAGUGAGCGGCUGUCGCAGUUGUUAGCCACCGUUGAUGCGGAUAGCGCCGAGGCUGCUAUAAUUAGGAGUUUAAUCAAGUAAUAAUAUAUAUAUAAACCAAUGUUGUUAUUAAUUUUUCUGCCUUUGUAGUACUUAUUAUUACUGGGUUUUGGUCACUAGAUUAAACAAAUUAAAAUUAGAAUAUAUA